AUGGCUCCUGCGAGAACUUCGUCGGUGUCGCUGCUGCUGCUGGUGAGUCUGCUGGCUAUAGUGAAGGCAAGAGUAAUAAUCCCACAAAAUCCAGGAUGCCCAAACACCGAGGACAACAGCUUUCCUCAGAGUGUGAAGAUCAACCUAAACAUUCUUAACCGGGGUACGAAUCCCAGAAGGCCCUUCGAUUACCACAACCGAUCCAUCUCACCUUGGAAUCUCCAGCCCAAUGAGGACCCUGACAGAUAUCCCCCUGUGAUCUGGGAGGCGAAGUGCCGCUACUUGUUCUGUGUCAAUGCUGAAGGAAACCUAGACCACCACCUGAACUCUGUUCCCAUCCAGCAAGAGAUCCUGGUCCUGAGAAGAAAGCCUCAGCACUGCCCCCAUUCCUUCCAGCUGGAGAAGAUGAUGGUGGAUGUGGGCUGUACCUGUGUCAGAGCCAUGGUCCGUGAGGCUUAA